GUACGUAUCUUCCUUCUUUUCCACCACUUCUAAUUUCGGCUCCAGUGAGUUGCUCAGAACUUUGGUUUUGGCAACAGCAGCAGCAUUACCGCUAGCGGCAAUUCUGUGCCGAGGCACCUACACACCUUUUUCUGCGGGCCUGUCGGUGUCUGCUCCCACCCGCCGGUCGACAGGACCAUGUCGCUGGUAAGCCAGAAUUCGCGCCGUCGCCGCCGCCGCAGUGCAAAAGCCACUGCGCACAACAGCAGCUGGGGUGAAAUGCAGGCCCCUAACGCCCCCGAUCUCCCCGCUGCCAUGCCAGACCCAGACGUUCCCCAGGGUCUCAGCGAUCCUCAGAAUCUCCAGGGCCUCUGCGCCUCUGAGGGCCCAGGCACCUCUGUGCCGCCCUCUGCCUCUGAGGGCUCAAGCGCCUCCGGGCAGCUCACCGUCUCUGAGGGACCGGGCAUCAACGUGCCCCCCUCCGGUGAGGGCCCGAGCACCUCCGAGCCGCCCACCCCUGGUGAGGGCUUGAGCACCUCUGUGCCACUCACCGCCUCUGAUGGACCCGUCAUCAACAUGCCGCCCCCCUCCGGUGAGGGCCCGAGCGCCUCCGUGCCAUCCACUGCCUCUGAGGGCCUGAGCACCUCUGUGCAGCCCACCUCUGAUGAGGGCCCGAGCACCGCUGUGCUGCCCACCGCCUCUGAUGGACAGGGCACCUCCGUGCCGUCCCCCUCCGGUGAGGGCCCGAGUACCGCUGGGCCGCCUACCCCUGAUGAGGGUCGGAGCACCUCCAUGCCGCCCGCCGCUUCUGAGGCACCCGGCACCUGCGCGCUGCCGCUCUGUGUAGAAGGCCAAAGCACCUCAAUGCUGCGCAUCCCGCAGGAGGGCUCCAGCACUUCCCGGAUGCCGGCUGCUGAGGGUCCGAGCACUUCCGGGAUGCCCACUGUCUGUGAGAGCCCUGAUGCGUUGUUGAGCUCCAGUGCUUCUGCGGAUCCCGACUCCUCAGAGUGUUCCAUUGCUUUGCCAAGCUCCAGUGUUGCCAAGGCCAAGACCUCUGCUAACUCUGCACGCCCCAAAGGUGCGGAAGGCCCCUUGGAAUUCCAGGUCCUGAGAGACCGGGAGAAUUCCAACUCCAUUACCAUUAUGGGCCUUGGCACUGCCCAGGUUGCCCUUACCCUGAAGCCCCAGGACCCUAUGGAACAGAAUGUAGCUGAGUUGUUGCAGUUUCUGCUGGUGAAGGAUCAAAGCAAGUACCCUAUCAGGGAAUCUGAAAUGCGGCAAUUCAUUGUUAAAGAAUAUCGCAACCAGUUUCCUGAGAUCCUAAGACGAACGGCGGCCCACCUGGAGUGCAUUUUUAGGUUUGAACUGAGGGAGCUUGACCCUGAGGAGCACACCUACAUCUUGCUUAACAAACUGGGACCUGUGCCCUUUGAUGGGUUAGAAGACAGCCCAAACGGGCCAAAGAUGGGCCUCCUCAUGAUGAUCCUAGGACAGAUACUCCUAAAUGGCAACCAAGCCAAGGAGGCUGAGAUUUGGGAAAUGCUCUGGAGGAUGGGGGUGCAGCGCGAGAGGAGGCUUUCCAUUUUUGGCAACCCAAAGCGACUUCUUUCUGUCGAGUUUGUAUGGCAACGCUACUUGGACUACAGGCCAAUAACUGACUGUACACCAGUAGAGUACGAGUUUUUCUGGGGCCCCCGAUCCCACGUAGAAACCACCAAGAUGAAAAUUCUGAAGUUCAUGGCUAAGAUCUACAACAAAGACCCUAUGGACUGGCCAGAGCAAUACAAUGAGGCUCUGGAAGAAGAUGCUAUUCGAGCUGCUGCUGAUGAUUGGCCAGCUGUCCCUCACUUUAGGAGGCCCUUUUUUGAAGAAGCUGCUGCAGAGAUAGCAAUGCAUGAUUCAGACCUUACUGGCUAUCCCUCAAAAUAUCCCCCACAUUCAUGGCCUGAGUCAAGACUGGAGAGUAAGUCAAGGAAGUUGGUGCAGUUAUUUCUGCUUAUGGAUUCAACUAAGCUGCCCAUACCAAAGAAAGGAAUUCUGUACUAUAUUGGCCGAGAGUGCAGCAAAGUGUUUCCUGACCUCCUGAAUCGCGCUGCUCGCACCCUGAACCAUGUGUAUGGGACAGAACUAGUGGUACUUGAUCCCAGGAAUCACUCCUACACCUUGUUCAACCGAAGAGAAAUGGAAGAUACCGAAGAGAUCGUAGACAGUCCAAAUAGGCCUGGCAACAACUUCCUGAUGCAGGUUUUAAGCUUCAUCUUUAUAAUGGGCAACCAUGCUAGAGAGUCUGCAGUCUGGGCCUUUCUGAGGGGAUUAGGGGUGCAAAAUGGGAGAAAGCAUGUGAUUACCUGUAGGUAUUUGAGUCAGCGCUACAUAGACAGUUUACGCGUUCCUGACAGUGAUCCAGUGCAAUAUGAUUUUGUAUGGGGCCCAAGAGCCCGCUUGGAAACCUCCAAGAUGAAAGCCCUGCGAUAUGUGGCCAGAAUCCACAGAAAGGAUCCACAGGAUUGGCCAGAGCAGUACAGAGAGGCAAUGGAAGAUGAGGCCAAUAGAGCUGGUGCUGGGCACCGGCAGUUCCUUGUUCAGAACUUGAGAUAAAGAAAUGUGCCGCAGA